CUGUCUUGCAUUAGCCGUUGGGAUGUGGUACGGAUUUUGAAGGCCUUUGGACUAAAAGAUUCAAUUUCUUCUAUGACUGGAACCGCUAUUAUCUUUAGAAGUGGGAAAUCAAGUAUACAAGCAGUUGUUUUUGGUAAUAUGGCACCUCACGAUACAAUAUUCUUAGAAAGUACAUCGAAGAUUGAGAAAGAAGAAGUCGCUCGAUCAUUCAUAGACUUCCAAAUAUGGGAUUUUCCUGGCCAAAUUGAUUAUUUUGACGAUUCACCUUAUAAUACAAGGGAAAUAUUUGGCACUGUAGGAACGCUUGUUUUCGUCAUUGAUGCUCAAGAUGACUAUGUGGAUGCUUUACAUAGAUUACAGUAUACGAUUGUUAGAGUUUACCAGAUAAAUCCUGAAAUCACCUUUGAAAUUCUGAUUCAUAAAGUGGAUGGACUGACUGAGGAGCAUAAAGAAGACGUUAGAAACGACAUCAUCACGAAAAUGUAUGAAUAUUUAAUAGACUCGAAACAGGAGAAAGAUAUACAUUUGUUUUAUCAUAUGACGACUAUUUAUGAUAACUCAAUCUAUGAAGCAUUUAGCAAAAUCAUCCAAAAGUUAAUAAGAGAAUUACCAGCGCUGGAGAAAUUGCUUGAUAUAUUGAGAGCCAAUUCAGGCUUAGAAAAGACCUAUUUGUUCGAUAUCCUAACGAAGAUCUACAUUGCCACAGACAGCACACCCGCGGAAAUCGAUUCGUAUGAACUGUGCUCAGAUAUGAUUGAUGUAGUUGUUGAUAUAGACUACAUUUACGGUCCUCAAAGCGGUUCAAAGCCUUUAUUUGGUUCAGAAGGCACACCAAACGAUGAAAAUAUAAUCAAUGAUCUCAAUGUUGGUAGCGUAUUUGACAAACAGAGCAACAAUCAUUAUCAAAUAUCUGCAGACGCAGCUGAAGCAUCGGCGCCAGCCUUGAAAGCGCCAAGCAUUAUUAAAUUGAAAAACGGAGAUAUCCUUUACAUGAAAGAAAUUAACAGCCUAUUGGUGUUGAUUUGCAUGAUAAAGAACGACAACUACAAAAAGUAUGGAUUACUAGAUUAUAACCUGCAGCAGUUUAUUGAUGCUGUUAACGAGUUGUUUGCUUACUCAAUACAACAGAGAAGGAAGGAAAAGGGAAAGAGCCUAGCUUUUUAUGGAAAUGAAAAGGGAAAACGGCAAUAAAUUUAAGCGUUAUAAGGCUCGGUUGAAUAUUUCCGGCGCCGAAGUGGAUAUCCCUGCAUGUAUGCCUCAUAGCGAUGUUCAUUAAAUUGAAUCUCAUAUCAAAAACAUGUUAUGAACCUGCUAAUCGCAUGGAAAUAAACUCAUAACUUGUAAAUAAACAUGAUUAUUU